AAUUAGCUGUGCUCGUAAAAUAGAUCAGGAUUUAUUUUUGUCGUAUAACUGCGGAAUCGCUUUUGCGCGCAUCGAUGCAGGUAUCCUCUCCGGAUCGAAUUUACGACGCGACAUUGUUAUGAUCCCGCGGAUUAACAACAACGGCCGCGGACACGCUCGAAAAGUACGUCCGAUUCGGAGCUAUCAAAGAGACUAUAUUCGGACUGUAAGCAGCCCGCUCGCGCGGAAUGCUUCCGCAUAAUUCGGCCCUCGCUCCGUAGCAUUCCAUCCGUCAACUCGCGCUUUGAUGCCUUUUCGGCCUAAUUGAAUUAGGAGUCGCGUUUGUCAAUGCCGUGGAAAUUAGCUCCGCUGCAGCUGAGAGUAUUUUUGAAAUUGCUGUAAAAUCGCGGCGGUAACACGUACGGCGCUCGAAAUCAAUACGGCGCUAACAAGGUCGAUUCAGCGCGGGCCCGGCUGACUCGAAAUUCUACGCGCAUAAUUUACACGCGCCUGUGUACGCGUACUAUUCAUCGACGACGAUUGUCGGGCUUAUACGGGAAACUUUUAAAAGUGCGCGGGCAUCGUUCUCAAAACCGUAACCGAAUUUUCCGUUCUUUAUUAAAGCGACGCCGGCCCGGAAUCGAGUUCGCGCUCGCGCUUUAAUCUCAUUGGAGCGAGGCGCAAAAUCAAAGUCGACUCGCUCGGCGGCGGCUUAAUUAAUUGGCGCUUGACCCCCGAAAAAGGGGCUAUCGAAUUAGCGGCUCUCUCUCUCUCUCUCUCUCUCUCUCUCUCUCGGGGCUUUGACGCUCGUGCCUUUCUGGCUCGGCAUUAAUCUCGACGCUGAUUUUUUAUUAUCGAUGCAGUUACCCCCACCAGUUUCCAGUCGCGCGUGUCGAGAUUUUGUCGCAGUUUUUUGAAAUCCGACUUGAGUCCGAUUUACGCGCGGAAGUCGGAUAAUCGCGUCGGCCGAUCUCACGCUUAAUUAAAUCUCGCGGUGGACCGCCACGUCGGAUUGAAAUUUCCGCAAGAGCUGGCGUAGUGCUAGUCCUUUUUCAGCUCCGCCGCUGAAUUUCCGGGGAAGCACGAAGUACACAAGCCGCGAAAAGCUGCUGUUAAUCGUAAGGCCCCGUAAGGGAAUUGAAAUUUUCAAUCGGCAGCUCGGCGCCGUAGGGAUCGUAUAUUAAUCGCGACAAUCGAUCAGAAUUACGGAUAAAAUCCAGCAUCAGCUCGGCUAAAAAAGAGCAGUAGUCCAUAGACUCGUCGGGCGCGAUGCACCGAGGACUGUGACGACAGUGAAUAACUCUUCGCGCGGGGAGAUUGAUGCACCCUCCGCACUCUCUCCCGCGGCUUCAUCGCGCCUUGGAAAGCGAGACGAAUGGCGCGCAGCUCGCUCUUUUAUAUCCUCGCGUGCGCCGAGUCCGCGCGACGAUUAAUUACCGUUAUCCCCUUAAUGGAGAUGCGGCUCGACAAUGUAAUCGACGCGCGCGCGGAUUCGCUCGUAUUUGAUAUUCCUCCGGGAAUCAUGCGCAGGGAAAAAGGCUCUCAUGCCUUGGGGGAAUACGCGAUGACGGCAGGGAAUUAGGGAACCUCGCGCGCUGCAUCGCGCGGAUGAUCGUAAUAGGCGUUUCCACCUCGAUUCGCGAACUUAUUCCGGCUUUCUUUGGUCGCGCGCUCGCAUAAUAGGGGCUUUGUGCUCCUCGAAAGCCUCGAAUUGAAAUUAUCCGCGCGAUAGUCGAUCAAUGCAAUAAAAAUUCCCGCAAUCGUAACUUCUUGCCGCGAUAAAAAGCGGCUCGUAAUUCGCGCGCGCGCGCUCAAGAGUACAAACUGCCGAACAGCCCCCUCGAACACGCGGGACACGCGCGGAUUAAACGCGCUCCAGUGCUUUUUUUUCCCAACGCGCAUAAAUCUGCAGCGCGCGGCGGUCUCCGAUAAUUUCCCGCGGCCGAGCCUCGCGCUGCGCAUUGUUGUCGACGAGCUUUUUCCUCCGCUCGCGUGAAAUCGAACGAGAGAGAGAGAGAGAGAGAGAGAGAGAGGGCGGUAGGAGAGAAAAUAAAAGCAAUCGGAUUGAUGCGCGCUGGAUUUUUUCUUCGAAUAAAAAUAGUGCUUCCGCGCGUGUGUUCAAUACCCGGAAUUAGUGUCGGGCCGAUGCGAUAUCGGUGGAAUUUCGUUGGAUGCAGUACAUACAAAAAAAAAUUACAAGCUUCCACCACUCACUCUCGCGCCUCGGAUGACUCCAUUCUCGCGAGUAGAAGCCUCGGCAGCCGCGAAUAAUUCGUAUGCGCUCCGCGUCGUCGACGCAAUAAAUCCGCGACUCUCCAAUGAGACGGCUCGCGAGCUUUACGACUCUCCGAUCGUCCGUAUCCUUUCGCGCAUACACUUUAUACACCGCGAGUGUGUAUAUUGUACAGUACACCCGGCCGAUCGUGAAUCAUGCAUUAUUCGCGGCGCUUCCUUCUAUCCCGCGAGCGUGCAGACGUUAUUGCACAGACUCCGUACAAUAUACACUCGACGGUCGCGAUUAAUUAAAUAAGUUAUACACCUCAAGGCGUACGCUCGUAUCGCGGAGCGAAUUACACGGGUGAAUGAGGCGAAAUUUAUCACUCGCGGAGUAAAUACAAAGCAACCGUCCAACUCCUCUGCUUUCGUACAAGCCGAAGAUUAGCAGGAAUGUCACGGGAGUGACGCACGCAAACGAACCGGUCUCCCCGGCCGCGGAAUAAAUUUCACAGCGUCGUCGCUGCAGUUUUACACGCAGUCGCUCGAUCUCCAUCGCAGCGGCACGUUAUAUAUCCGCGCUAGAAAUUUAGCAACGGCGGUGCUUCCGUGAAAGAGCAGGAAAGUCGUUAACUCUGCUAGUUAUCUUAUUUUAAGCGUCCACAUACGAUCGCUGGAUCCGAUCGCGAUCAAGUGCGCUGACGUCAGGCAGCCGCGAGGAAAAUCACCGGCACGUCGCAGUCAUUGCACUCGCGGCGGCCGAUCUAUACUUUCUAGAAGAGGCGCGCGCGAUAUGAAAACGACGACAUCGACGAGAAAUGGUGCAAGUGGCAAGUUGGCAAAAAUCGGGAGGCACGCGCGCCCGCGUGUGUGUGUGUGUAGCAUCUACUGAUAAAACCGGUCUCUCGAUUUUUCCCGUGCAAAGGAAGAUGCGCAUAAAAGCGGCCUCGGCAAGUUCAGCGCGAGGCAGACGCGCUGGCCGGCCUCUCGAGUGAGCCUCGCGCGAAACGUGCCGUUUAUUUCCUGUACUCGCGAUCAUGUCGCGCUUCGUCGAGCUGCUGGCGGUCGCGAGUCUGCUGCUGGUGUCGAGCGCCAAGCACUUCGACGGGGGCGUCAACGACCUGCACGCCGUGCUCGACCGGCUGGGCAGCAACCGAGACGGCGGCAGAGGAAAGGAGAAAGAGGCCGGCGGCGCCAACGACAAGGGGGACGAGGACGAGAUCGAGAGCUUCUUCCUGCUGUCGAUGAAUCACCCGACGAAGCUGAGUUUCCGCUACAGCGAGGCGCCGGGCGUCAAGGUCGACGCGGUCGUCGAGCGGCUGACCUCGGAGGCGACUCGCAAGAGCCUCUGCACCUUUCCAGCCUUCGGCUACGAGCCGGCCGUGCAUCACAUAAGGCUCGUGUCGACCAGCGAGGACGUAGAGAUCCUCCAGAUCAUCAAGAUCUUCCAGGAGCCCAAGGACAACUCGAUGGAUAUAUUCGUCCUCAACGUUACCGACUGCCGCUACAGCAAGACCGAGAUUCUCAGGGGCUACGAUUACUUCGCCGCCGGGGGAAGCUUCACCGUGCUUCAUCCGGGGGGCAACAGCUUCGACAUUUUCUCCCUGGACGGUCAGGAGGAGUGCGGCAGCUACAUCUGCAAGCGGGUUUACAACAUCGCGAACAGCAGCAUCAGCGAGCCCAGGAAGUUCUCGUUUCUGAAUCGCCACCAGGAUCAGACCCUGACCUACAUGGCGCCCUCGAUUAACGGGGGCUACUUCUCGAUCGUCAGGAAGGAUGACAACAUCGGCCUGUUCUCCCUCACGCCCGACGGCGGCCUCAUUCAGUCCAUCGAGAACAACACCGAGAGCCGCGUGCACUUCCUCAAGAUCUCGACGUAUCACGGUUACUUCGGCUUCUGCUACACGGCCGAGGCGAAGCAGAAGGAGAUGAACUGCCUGCAGCUGGACGAGAAGCUCAGCUGCAACGCCAACGUCACGAUGGACCUGGGCUACGAGACGAGCUACCUGGCCGUGCAGAACCUGCCCCAGGGCGGCUUCCUCAUGCUGACGGUGCAGUGCGCGAACAGCAGCAACUGCGAGGAGCACGAGAUCAAGGUGAGGAGGUUCGACACCGACGGCUUCAACGGCGACUUUGCCAGCUUCCACGAGACCGGCUGCAUACCCAGGAGGCAGCAGCAGUUCACCUUCUUCGAGGAGGACGACAAGAUCUGCGUCUUCUACGCCUGCGAUUGCAAGCGCAAUGAGGGCGAGGGGUACGACAAGCUCGUCAAGUCCAGGUGCUUCUGAGCCCGCGUGAAGCAGCGAUGACUUUUGUGAUUUUACUAUGCUGUAUUGUGUGUUACACUAUAACUUAUACUGUAAGCCGAUCCACGAAGCGAAAUAUACGCUCAUAAGACUAUAA